AUGUAUCACUCCUGUGUCGCUACUGCUGCAUGCAUCUCUCCUGUGUCGCUACUGCUGUGCAUCUCUCCUGUGUCCCUUCUGCUGCAUGUAUCUCCUGUGUCGCUACUGCUGCAUGUAUCACUCUGUGUCGCUACUGCUGCAUACAUCUCUCCUGUGUCGCUACUGCUGCAUGUAUCUCUCCUGUGUCGCUACUGCUGCAUGUAUCUCUGUGUUACUGCUGCAUACAUCUCUCCUGUGUCACUUCCUGCUGCAUGUAUCUCUCCUGUGUCGCUGCUGCAUGCAUCACUCCUGUGUCGCUACUGCUGCAUGUAUCUCUCCUGUGUCAUACUGCUGCAUGUAUCACUCCUGUGUCGCUACUGCUGCAUGCAUCACCCUGUGUCGCUACUGCUGCAUGCAUCUCUCCUGUGUCGCUACUGCUGCAUGCAUCUCCUGUGUCGCACUGCUGCAUCUGCUGCAUGUAUCACUCUGUGUCUAGUACUGCUGCAUGCAUCUCCCUGUGUCGCUACUGCUGCAUGUAUCACUCCUGUGUCGCUUCUACUGCAUGUAUCACUCCUGUGUCGCUACUGCUGCAUACAUCACUCCUGUGUCGCUACUGCUGCAUGCAUCACUCUGUGUCGCUUCUGCUGCAUACAUCACUCCCUGUCCUGCUGCAUACAUCACUCCUGUGUGCUACUGCUGCAUGCAUCACUGCCAUGUAUCACCUCCUGUGUCCUACUGCUGCAUGCAUCACUCCCUACUGCUACAUGCAUCUCUCCUGUGUCUACUGCUGCAUGUAUCACUCUGUGUCGCGCAUGCACCACCCCCUGCUGCAUACAUCACUCUGUGUCGCUACUGCUGCUGCAUGUGUCCUACCGUGUCGCUGCAUACAUCACUCCUGUGUCAGCUGCUGCAUGCAUGCACUCCUGUGUCGCUACUGCUGCAUACAUCACUGCCGCAUGUAUCACUCCUGUGUCGCUACUGCUGCAUGCACCACCCCUACUGCUGCAUGCAUCUCUCCUGUGUCGCUGCAUACAUCACUCCUGUGUCGCCACUGCUACUUGCUCCACCCCUGCUGCAUGCAUCUCUCCUGUGUCACCCUCUGUGUCUGCAUACAUCACUCCUGUGCUACGCUACAUCACUCCUGCCAUACUGCAUCACUACUGUGUCGCUACUGCUGCAUGCACCACAUAA